AUGUCUACAACGGAGAAACCUAAGGUUGGAGCUGCUGAUGCUCGUGCCAGAUGGCCUAUUCCUCCUGAUCAUGGUAAAAAAGUUCAAUGGAGUCGAUCAAAAUCUCCACGAGUUCCUGUGAAUCCCAAUCCAGGGAUAGAGACUUCUCAUGCAGUAGGUAUUGCAAAAGAAUCUCAUUCUCGUGUCACAAGUGGACGCAACAAGAAAUUAGCUCAUGGCAUCAAGAGCUUCUCUCAUGAACUCAACUCCAAAGGUGUUAGGCCUUUCCCCAUGUGGAAGUCUCGAGCAGUUGGUCACAUGGAGGAGGUUAUGGCGGCAAUCAGAACCAAGUUUGAAAGACAAAAGGAAGAUGUUGAUGCUGAUUUAGGAGUGUUUGCUGGCUACUUAGUGACCACUCUAGAGACCACUCCAGAAACUAACAAAGAGUUAAUAACGGGUCUAGAGGAUCUGUUAAUCAAGGCUAAGCAGUGUGCAACCAUGCCAGCUGGUGAGUUUUGGGUAAAAUGUGAAAGUAUUGUUCAGAAACUUGACGAUAAACGUCAAGAGCUACCCAUGGGAGGACUCAAGCAAGCUCAUAAUCGUAUUCUUUUCAUCCUUACUCGCUGCAAUAGACUUGUGCAGUUUCGUAAAGAGAAUGAUUGUGUUGAAGAACACCUUCGCAAGAUGCAUCAGCUAAGUGAUGUCGGUGUUUAUCCAGAGAAGAUGGUGGAAAUCUCGCGCCAGCAGGACCUUCUUCGCCAAAAACAAGAUAGUCUUGAUCAGAAUUUGAGCUGUGGAGUUGAUGAGAAUUUGCAUAGCUCAUCAGGCCAGCAUGCAAGUGAUCUGUGGGGUUUGUGGGCGGAUAAUAACUCCAUGAUUUGUCGUAUAUGUGAAGUUGAAAUACCAGUUGUACAUGUAGAAAUGCACUAUAGGAUAUGCACUAUUGCUGAUAGAUGUGACUUGACGGGUUUUAAUGUGAAUUUAAGACUUGAAAGAGUUGCUGAAAGUCUUGAGAAAAUUCUGGAGUCAUUGACACCAAAGAGCGGAACCCCAAGAUUAUCAUCAACAUUGAGUAGACAUGAAGAUAUUAAUGAAAUCUCUAACAGAUGUUCAGAUGAUAUACUUCAUUGCAUUCCACGUUCAGAUAAUACAUUUUCUUUGGAUGAAGUGUCUAAGACCAAUGAAGCAAAGGACUUGUCAGCGGGAAGCUUGACACCACCAUCACCAGCAACACCAAGGAUAAGCCAAGUAGAUUUACUACUAAGUGGACGAAGAACAAUAUCAGAGUUUGAGAAUUGUCAACAGAUAAACAAGUUGCUAGAGAUUGCUCGCUCGGUGGCAAAUGUGAAUUUUUGUGGAUACAGCUCAUUGGACUUCAUGAUUGAGCAGUUAGAUGAGUUAAACCACGUCAUUCAAGAUAGGAAAGCAGAUGCCCUGCUGGUAGAAACAUUUGGAAAAAGAAUAGUGAAGCUUUUGCAGGAGAAGUACAUUGAACUUUGUGGAUACAUAGAUGAUGAAAAAGUGGAAUCAUCAAACAACGUGGCUGAGCAAGAUAUCUCAGCAGAUGAGGAUAUAAUGAAGACAAGCCCACUUAAUGCACGAGCUAAAGAUAGAACCUCGAUAGAUGAUUUUGAAAUUAUAAAACCAAUCAGCCGAGGUGCGUUUGGAAAAGUGUUUCUUGCAAGAAAAAUAGCAACUGGUGAUUUGUUUGCCAUUAAGGUUUUAAAGAAAGCUGAUAUGAUACGUAAAAAUGCUGUUGAGAGUAUUUUAGCUGAGCGGAACAUGCUUAUCUCAAUUCGUAACCCGUUCGUGGUCAGGUUUUUUUAUUCUUUCACAUGCCGUGAAAAUCUUUAUCUGGUGAUGGAGUACUUGAAUGGUGGAGAUCUAUUUUCCUUGUUGGGAAAUCUUGGUUGCUUGGACGAAGACAUGGCUCGCAUUUACAUCGCAGAAGUUGUGCUUGCACUGGAGUAUUUGCAUUCUGUAAAUAUCAUUCACAGAGACUUAAAGCCAGACAAUUUGUUGAUCAAUCAGGAUGGUCAUAUCAAGUUGACAGAUUUUGGGCUUUCCAAGGUUGGCCUUAUCAACAGCACAGAUGACUUAUCAGGUGAAGCAUCAUUUGGAAACAGUGAAUUUUUCGCAGAAGAUGAGAGACCUCAACAUUCACAAGGCAAAGCUAGUCGUAGAAAACAUGAAGUUGUUAGAACACCUGAUUAUCUUGCACCUGAAAUACUUCUUGGAAUGGGUCAUGGUAAAACCGCUGAUUGGUGGUCACUAGGUGUUAUUCUCUUUGAGAUGCUCGUGGGCGUACCUCCUUUCAAUGCAGAAGCCCCACAGCAAAUAUUUGAAAAUAUUAUCAACAGAGAUAUACUAUGGCCUAAUGUGCCAGAGGAAAUAUCUUCUGAAGCAUAUGAUCUGAUCAACAAACUGUUAACAGAAAAUCCUGUCCAAAGACUUGGGGCAACAGGAGCUGGAGAGGCUAUGUUUGUACCAUCAGGGGAACCACAAUACACUAGCUAUUUCAUGAGCAAAUAUAUAUGGAACCCCGAAGACGAAAAUGUUCGUGGAGGCAGUGAUUUUGAUGACCUUACUGACACAUAUAGUAGCAGCGGCUCACAUGAGGAAGAUGGGGAUGAGUGUGGUGGUGGUAUCUUAGCAGAAUUUGGAAAUGGGCCUAAUCUUGCUAUGAAGUAUUCCUUCAGCAACUUUUCUUUCAAAAACCUCUCACAGCUGGCUUCAAUAAAUUACGAUCUUCUCCAAAAGAACGCUAAGGAAUCAACAGAAACUUCAAACCCAUCAGCCCCUUGA